AUUUUACAGAUGUCAUGGCGCCCAACCUACCGAAGCUCCAAGUUUCGAAACGUGUACGGCAAAGUGGCCAACCGGGAGCACUGCUUCGACGGCAUUCCCAUCACAAAGAACGUCCAUGACAACCACUUCUGCGCUGUCAACGCCAAGUUCCUUGCUAUAGUGACGGAGAGUGCUGGAGGAGGGUCAUUCAUCGUGAUCCCUGUCACACAGUCAGGACGCAUCGACCCACACUACCCAAAGGUCUGUGGUCACCAAGGAAACGUAUUAGACAUCAAGUGGAACCCAUUCCAUGACAACAUAAUCGCUUCCUGUUCGGAGGACUCAUCUGUGCGGAUAUGGGAAAUUCCAGACGGUGGAUUAAGGAGGAAUAUGACAGAAGCAGUUCUGGAGCUGUAUGGACACAGCAGACGUGUGGGACUUAUAGAAUGGCACCCGACCAGUAACGGCAUCCUGUUCAGUGCAGGCUAUGACUACAAGAUCUUGAUCUGGAAUCUGGAGAUUGGGGAGCCAGUGAAGAUGAUUGAUUGCCACACAGAUGUGAUUCUCUGCAUGUCUUUUAACACAGAGGGCAGUCUGCUGACCACCACCUGCAAAGAUAAGAAGCUACGUGUGAUUGAGCCCCGUUCAGGCCGAGUUUUACAGGAGGCAAACUGUAAGAACCACAAGGUGAACCGAGUUGUGUUUCUGGGCAACAUGAAGCGUUUGCUAACAACAGGGGUCUCCCGUUGGAACACCAGACAGAUAGUCCUGUGGGAUCAGGAGGAUCUCUCCAUGCCAAUCAAAGAAGAGGAGAUAGAUGGUCUCUCAGGCUUGCUGUUUCCGUUUUAUGAUCCAGAUACUCACAUGCUCUACCUAGCAGGCAAAGGAGAUGGAAAUAUCCGUUACUAUGAGGUCACCACAGAGAAACCAUACCUGCAGUACCUCAUGGAGUUCCGAUCUCCCGCCCCACAGAAAGGACUUGGUGUAAUGCCAAAACAUGGGUUGGAUGUUGGGGCUUGUGAGGUGUUCAGGUUCUACAAACUGGUAACACUGAAAGGACUGAUAGAGCCAAUCUCUAUGAUUGUGCCAAGGAGGUCAGAGACAUAUCAAGAGGACAUCUAUCCAAUGACUGCAGGAACAGAACCUGCUCUCUCUGCUGAAGAGUGGCUCAGUGGCGUCAACAGAGGUCCAGUCCUCAUGUCUCUGAAAGAAGGCUACAGCAAACCUAGCAAGUUGGUAUUUAAGGCUCCAGUGAAGGAGAAGAAAAGCGUGGUAGUAAAUGGGAUUGACCUGCUGGAAAAUGUUCCCCCCAGAACAGAGAAUGAGCUCCUGAGGAUGUUUUUCAGGCAGCAGGAGGAGCUGAGGCGGCUGAAGGACGAGCUCACACAGAAGGACGUUAAAAUCAGACAGCUGGAGCUGGAGCUCAACAACCUGAGAAACAGCCCCAACACUGACAACACAAACAGUAAUAAUAAUAAUAAUAAUGAUGAUAAUAAUAAUACAUAUUAA